CUAUCGCCUCACAGCCAGCCACAACACACGCGCGCACCGCGGGGCGCGUCCUGACACACGGUGCUCGGGCCGUGGGAGUCACACCUUCAUCCCCCGUGCGUCACGCCUCUCCGUGGACACCGGGAUCCACGGUGGUCUCCGGUGGUCUCCGGUGGUCUCCGGUGGUCUCCGGUGGUCUCCGGUGACCGGCGCGGGAAGUUUCCUCUUUCAGCGGGAAGGACCGUUAACGCUGUACCUCUGAGAAGGGGGGGGGGGGGGGGGGGGGGGGGGGAUGGGGAGCACGACCUCCUGCUGCGUGCCUUCCAGCCCCAAGCUCCGCAGGAACACGCACUCCCGGCUGGACUCGUACCCGCAGGACGCGGAGCUCGGCGGGGAGGAGACGGGAUGCAACCUGCAGCACAUCAGCGACCGGGAGAACGUCGACGAGUCGAGUAUGGCGCACAAUCCGUCGGACCACCCGCGGGCCGGCACCAUAUUCCUCAGCAAAUCCCAGCACGAUGCGGCGCCCUGCAGGAACGCACGAGAUAAACGAAAAAGCCUCUUCAUCAAUAAUCAUGAAACGACCAGGCGGAAGUACAGCUCCUGCUCCACCAUCUUCUUAGACGAGAACACGGUCAGCCAGCCCGACCUCAAAAACACCAUCAAAUGUGUCGCCCUGGCGGUUUACUACCACAUAAAGAACAGGGGAACGGAGGGAGGAAUGGUGCAGGAGAUAUUCGACGAGAAGCUUCAUCCUCUCACAAAAUCCGAGGUGCCGGCGGACUACGACCAGCGCCGCCCGGAGCAGAAGCAGAUCUACCGGUUCGUCAGGACGCUGUUCAGUUCCGCUCAGCUCACCGCCGAGUGCGCCAUCGUCACGCUGAUCUACCUGGAGAGGCUGCUGACCUACGCGGAGAUCGCCAUCGGCCCGGGGAACUGGAAGAGGAUGGUUCUGGGGGCCAUCCUGCUGGCCUCCAAGGUGUGGGACGACCAGGCCGUGUGGAACGUGGACUACUGCCAGAUCCUCAAGGACAUCGCCGUGGCGGACAUGAACGAGCUGGAGCGGCAGUUCCUGGAGCUGCUGCAGUUCAACAUCAACGUGCCGUCCAGCGUCUACGCCAAGUACUACUUCGACCUGCGCUCGCUGUCCGAGUCCAACGACCUCAGCUUCCCGCUGGAGCCGCUGAGCCGGGACAAGGCCCAGAAGCUGGAGGCUAUUUCCAGGCUCUGCGACGACAAGUACAAGGAGGCGCGGCGAGCAGCGAGGAAGCGCUCAGCCAGCACCGACGACCUGCGUGGGGUUCGGUGGGUUCCCGCCAUCCUCUCCUAGCCGCCAUCGGUCCGCCGCCGCGCUGAACGCUGACGCCGGGACGUCUUAUUUUUAGCGGGUGAGACCUGAGCGUCUGGCCCGCGGCCCCCGCGUGGGACCGGGGGACACGCAAAGGUGUCCCGGGAGCCGGAGGGGACUCCCUGACUUCCUGUGAUGCCUCCUGCGGGUCUGAUGAGGAAGGAGAGACGAGUGUUUGUAGCUUCGGGCCACCGGAGAAGGUCCUCCGAGUGUCCCACAGCUUCCGAGGACGUAACGCGGAGACUCCGUCUCCGUUUCCUCACGGAUGUGCAACUUGGCAGCGUGUUAUUUCUUUCGCUGUCAUCGUGUGAGAUUAACGUCUGGCUGAAAGCAGCCUUUUCACAAAUGUAUUUCCUUCGACAUAAAAUAACUACAUGUGUUUUGUCUUCAAGGUUUUGUCCGUUGGGAAUAUUUUUUUACUCAAGGUUUACAGUAUUUCUAGCGUACAUCUGGAUACUCAGGUAGUCCGUUUCUUCUUCUGGUUGCUUGUGUUGCUGCUAGAUGCACACGAUGGGCUCAAACUAAGGUCAGUACGAAGAAAGCGACGAUGAAAGGAGACAGAAUAGAUGACACAAAAAAACAUUCCUGCCUCGGGAAGUGAUUAAUCAAACAAUUAACGUGUAACACGAAAUAAAGGCUGAAGCAGA